GAAAAAGUAGUAAAAAGAUUUUUUCUACUUUACAAAAUAUUCAAAUUAUCAUAUUUUAAGCAAUGAAAUAAGAUUGAAAACGUAAAUUUAUGUUGAACAUUUUUAUUUAACGGUUUAAAUAAUGAAGUACACACUAAUCAUUAUAACGUUAAAUUUUUUCUUUUGGGAUUUAUAUGCAGAAUAUACUAUCUCUACUUCAAACUUAUUCAUUUGCUUAAAUGACCGUCAUUUAAUGAAGAAUAUUGGUUCUAAAGGUAACUCAAAUUCACUGUUCGAGUUAUCAUUCGAAACUAAAAUAAAUAAUUGGAAGAAACAUAUUUUAUCCAAACACAAAAAUCUAAAAAAAUGUAAGAAUGAUGUAAGGGAAGAAAUGUAUUUAUAUAUUUGUAAAAGUAAUAUGAAAGAAAAACUAGUAGAUGGGUUCCUGGAAAUAUGUGGUAAUGCUGUGACUUUUUGUUCUAAUAAAUUUGUAGAUGAUAUUAUUCUAAAUAAAGACAAUGAAAACGUUAAAAAACGUUCAAAAUUUCAAAAAUUUUUCAAAAGAAAAAGCAGUUUUAAUUUAAGAGAAGAAACAGCAAAUCAAACAAAUUUGAAUAGCAUGGAAAAUUCAAAGUUAUUAAAAUCACAGUCAUGUAUUGUUAGAAGAGCUUUUGACUUGAGUGAUGAUGAAACUGACAAUGUCUUUUGUAAUAAAGGAUUUAGAACAUUGAGACCUGUGAAAAAGUGUUCUGACUUUGAUUCUAAUGACGAAUUUCACCCCAAUAUAUCAUCAUUUAAUAGACCACCGUACUCUGAAUCUGACUCAAGCUUAUAAUUAUUGUUUAUAUUUUAGUGUAAUUUUAGUUUUUAGAAUAAAAAGUAAUUAAUUUGAAUAAAUAAAAAUUAAUAUUUAGGCAGGGUAAUCAGUUUUUAUGGAUAUAUAAAUUGGUUCAUAAUGUUUUGACAAGUUUAAUAACUUUUGAUUUACUGAAAUAUUGUGUUACUUUUUAAAAAUUAUUGGACUUAAGAACUAUAAACAAAUCACUAAUAAUAAUAUGUUUCUAAUUUAUUGAAAAAAAUUAUUUUAUAUAUUUAAAAUUUGCGAAAUAAGUAAAAAAAAAAAAAAAGUAAAAUCUAGUAAGUCUAGUAGAAGCCUAGUAAUCGUAAUUAGCGUAAAAAAAAACACGUCUGAGUAAAUCCAGUAGCAGUUUCUCAGCUAUGUAUUAAAAUUUAAAUCAAAAUAAUAAUUUUUAGAGUAGAUUAAAAAAAAAAGGUGUUUUAGUAUUUGAGUUUUAAUGUUGGAUUUAAAAAAUUUGAACAGUAAAAUAAAAAUGUAAUUUUAUUUACUUUU